UUGGUGGAAUUGUGGUUGAGGUUAAUUUGGAGCUUAAAUUGUUUGUAAAUUCUAAGUAUUUUUACACGAUAUGUACGAGUGAUAUAUUAAAUGAAGAGAUUCAAUUAAAGAGUUACUCAAGUAUUGGCGUGGCUUAUAUCAGAUGCUUAAUUAAAGGUUUAUAAAUCAAAUUAUUCACGUUAUUAAUAACUCCAAGAGAUGUAUUACACAACAUCAAGAAUACAGCAACCAUCUUAUUCCACCCACAAGAAGCAAGUUGCAGCCAUCCAGCGAGUGCAGCAGGCGUCAGACAGAGAUGGAGAGAAGCUGUCUCCUAUUAACUUAUCCAUCAGAGAAGCCACUCUUGUACAGCUACCCCCUCUCAACUGGGCCCACUACUACUCUACCCCCACCUCCAUGUUGGUCCAGAACACAGGAUUUACAGUAAUGAUCCAUGCAAAGUAUGAACAUGAGAUGCCCUACAUAUCUUCAGGGCCGUUGACAGAUAACUACGUCUUCUCACAGAUACACUUCCACUGGGGUGAACACAACGAAACUGGCAGUGGCCAUGCUGUCGAUGGCAUCAGAUAUCCUUUGGAGAUGCAUGUCAUUCAUCUGAAAAAAGACUAUACAACCUUGGGUGAAGCAUUGGAAAGCAAAGAUGGAAUCGCAGUUAUGGUUCAUUUAUUUGCUUUGAGGGAGGAGCGAAACAUACAGCUCGACCAGCUGACAGCAGUCCUUCAGUUCAUCCAGAGAUGCAAAUGUUGUGCUAGAUUGUGUCCUACUCCCCUGUCUGAGAUCGUACACCCAUUCACCAACGACUACUUCCUUUACUGGGGGGCGGUCGGUUCACCCAAGGGGCAAUACCGCAUCCUCUGGUUCAUCAGCCGAAAUGUCCUUCCCAUAUCCGCUCAACAGUUGAAGGAGUUUCGGCAGCUGCACGAUCCGGAGGGUGAAUUACUACUCACAAACUCCAGCAAACCUCAGCCUUUGUCUGGCAGAUCUCUAUUCCUAGUGUCACCAUCAGAGAGGACAAACGUCACAAUGUAUGGUGUCUCCCGUCAGGCUGUGCAGAGCGAGAUUUAUCUAGAGUCAGAUGAGUCCAUCGACAUCAGGAAUGCGGAGUAUAAGUCUCUCGCUGCAUUGGAGGACAACGAGUAUGAGAAUUGUAAAGUGUGUCCAAUUCCUAAACGAACGAAACACGCUGCCAACAUCAAUGUGGGACGUCCUUUUAAAGUCAAUGAGGGUGAUACAUCAGUAGAGGAGUCCUGUAUUGAUUUAGGGAACAGUGCAGAUGACUCAAGAGUAACUGUCAAAACAGAAAUGAAGUAUAAAGAUAACUCUAAAAGGCAGAAAGUUAUCACUAACGUAAACGUUACCACUUGUAAACACAAUUGUAAAGCUAGGUAUUCUCCAUCAGAAGCGGUUUACUCAAUUGUAUCCACCAGAGGAUCUGAACUCCACUUGAAACGUAAGUCCAACUUGGUGAGGCAGGCCGAUCGUUCUGUUGAACAGGCAUGUAUGUUAUUGAGUGGCCGCUCAUCAGUUCAUCCUACUUACAGUGCCCCAUCCCUGACAAGUACAGGAGGUUAUCUGACCGUAAAACAGGAACAUACUAACCUUUCUGGACCACCCAUAACCAACUUCAGCUCGGAAUUGGCUGUAACCAACAGAGAUUCUGAUUUUGUUGUUAAGAAAGAAGGAAAACAAAAACCAUAUAGAGAUCAGAUAAAUACAAUAUAUAAUCCUAAUAUGGAUGAAUACGAAUAUGAAACUAUCCAUGAGGAAAUAUCAAAAAGUGCAAAGAAAGGUAAAAAAGUUACUAUUAAACGAUUUGAAGGACCUGAUGGUAGGUACAAUACAAACAAAAAAAACGGCCAAUAUGAUCCAAUUCGAGACAACUUAUGGACAGAAAAUCAAAAAGCCUCUAUAACUCCUAAGCAAGAUACCUCAGCACAUCACAGCCAAUCAAACACAAAGUUGAAAGGUUGUGACAGAUAUUAUAUGAAUGAAGAGGAAAAAGAAAUUUCACGAGAAGAUACUCAGAGAAAACACUUUUUGGUCCAUCAAAUUCAAAAAACAACCCCAUACUAUAAAGUAGUAGGACAGAUUCCGACUUUGAAAGAGUAUCAACCAGAUGUAGUCCAAAAUUAUCCAAAUUACAAUAAUGACAACAAUAAGAAUAAAUAUACUGGGCAAGCACUUUUAAAAACAGAUGAAAAUGAUUUAAAAACCACUAAGCAACAAAGAGUAAAUGAUCAUAUCAAACCAGCCUACCAAGGAUUUUAUCAGAAUGAAUACUAUACAGAAAAAGAUCAUGUGGAAAAAACAAAAAAGGAAUUAUAUUCCAAAGAAAAUAUUCCUUUUUAUCCUGUGCCUACAUCUCAUGAUACUGGAAACUAUGUACUAAAUCCUCGAAAGGAAAAUAAGAGACCACAGCAAAGAGAAGAUGAAGAUGACCCUCAUUGCAGGGUAAGUUUGGUGGUGCGAACAAUAGUGUCUGAUCACAGGAAGCCAGGGUACAAGAAAAAGGGAAGUAAAAUACCAAAAUAUAUUGUUACUAAAAUAUCACCUGCAGAAAAGAAAAACUACAUUGAACCCACAAAAACUUCUUUAGAUAUUAAACAAUGUUAUGGAGAAAAACAAACACCAGAAGUUAUGGAAAAUGUAUAUUAUGCUAAACCAAUAAAUGAAGAAAAUAAAAAGGAUUCAAACAGUAAUUCUGAAGAUAUACAUAGUCUGCAGAGUUUUAUGGAUGACUAUUAUGAAAAUUACAUGGAAAAAGAGCAUAAAGAGAGCAAAAAAACUCAAGUAGUCAUCAAGAAGCAUCAAAAUGUAAAGAGUAAUAAUACACAACAGCUACAUCCAAAUCUGAAAAGAAAUGGAUCAAAACAGCUUCCUCCAAGUCAAGAUGUGCAGUUACAAAAACCUUUAUCAAACGAAGCAGAAACACAAAAUAAGCUUGUUAAUCCAGAUACAACAGGAAAUUUUGAAAAUGUUACAAAAAAGAAAUCUGGUGCAAUUUACCAUAAAGAAAUUAAAGAUUCAAAUUUGACUCAAAAAAUAAAUGUUUAUCAUGGGAAAAAAGAACCAGAUGAAGAUUUACACAUAAUAGAGAAUACAAUAACAGGGACAGUGGGCAAGAGUCAAUCAACUGAAGUUUUAUUUCAAAGUAAACAGAUUGAAGCUAUUAGUCCUCACAAAAAUGAUACUGAAAAACAAAUUAAUUAUAACUUAGUUAAAAGUAAACAUCCUGAACCACAGAUUUAUGUAAAAGAACCACCUAAUAAAACACAACCAUCAACUGUAAUUUGUCAGAAUAUAAGCUUAGAUCAACAAAUUAAAGGACAAGCUCAAAUUCGACAUAAAGUGGAAUACCAUGAUAAUAAAAUAAUGAAAACAAUUGAUGUGUCAGAAACAAACAACAAUCAAAAGGCACAAGAUAAUGCAUUACAAAAUAACAAACUUCAUGGUGUAGAAGAAACAUAUGAAGAAUCAAGCAAUGAACAGUCAUCAACUUAUUAUAAAUCAAAAAAACAAACUUUUCAACAAUUUCAACCAGUUAUUCAAAGAUACAGCGUAGAUAAUUCAAAUAAUCCUAACAUUAACAAUGUCAACAAAACUGACACUGAGCAAAAUAUACAGGGCACUCUAAAACAUAAUUUAUUAGAACUGAACAAAACUUUAGUUGGAGCUCAAACAAAUUCAACAGAAAGGACAUCACAAGUUAUGGACAGUUCUGGAUUUAGUAAAGUCACAGGAAUACAAAAAUUAACAGAUACUGAAGUUCCUCCCAAAAGUAAACUUGAUUACCAAUGUGAUAAAGAACUAGUAAGCCAUGAGUAUGAUCAAUCGAAUUAUAAUAGGUAUGCAUAUGGAAAACAAAGCUCAAGAAACAACCAUAUUGAACAUUCGAAAUAUAAGAAAAACUUUAAAGGCCAAAAUCAAGAGAUUCCAGAAAAGAGUUCUGAGGAACAUUCAGAUGCAAACAAUUCUUUUCCAAAGUCUUCUAUGCCAAAACAAAUCACUAGGGGAGUAAUUGAAAAUAAAACAUCACCGAGUACUCAGGUUACUGGACAAAAAACUGAUGCUGUAGCUUAUAACCCUAAAAAAGUUCUGGAAAAUAAUCAGAACAAAUGUAACAACAGUGAAUUUGAAUAUGAGGAGACAUUAGAAGAACAAAAUGAAGUUCAUACAACUAAAAAAGUACAAGGAAAAACCAUCACAACUGUUCGUGGGAGGGAUGAAAUGUACAAACUUACCAGUAAAACCACUAGUGAUAAAAAGUUACCAUUACAGGAACCAAUGAUAUUGGAUAAGGUUGAAAUACCUGGACCUCGCUACGUAACUAGAAUUCCUAAACCACCUUUAGUUGAAUAUGAAGCUUAUCCUGUUGAUCCCCAACAACCAUAUGAAAUUAUGACUGAAACUUUAGAAGAAAUAUCAUCAAUAGUUACAACUAAUAAAACAUUUAUGAUGUUUAAAAAAAUAAAUGGGAAAGCAGUAUUAAAUCAACCUUCUGCGAUAGAGUCGAAGCAAGCUGAUACUAGAUCUACGAAAGAUCAAGGGGAAGUAUCUAAACCAAGCAAUAUAUCAAAUAACAGGAGCACUGAUGAAAAAGGUCCUGAGGGUGUACAAGAUGUUAACUACACAAGUAAAGAACAUUUAAGUGAAGAAGAUAAUAGAAAAUUGAUUCAGAGACAACAAAUACAAUCUUCAGACACCGGAACUGUUAUAUCAAAAAAACCAGAGGAAAAGCCAAUCAAUAAUGGGACAGAAAUUCAAAAGCAAGAAAAAGAUAGACAAAUGUCAAAUAAUUUAAAUCAGGCUCCUCCUGACAUUUUUGAGAAAUAUGAAUAUUCAGAAAUAAGUUCAAUAUCCAAACAACAUUAUACAAGUAAAGAAGAAAAGCAAGUGUACAAAAAUUUAGGAUUUAAAGGAAAGAAAAUUGUAUCUAUGCCUGAGAAAGAGAAACAUUCACAACCAUUAACACCUACUGAUAAUAAUUUUCCAGGAGUACAAGAUUCUAAUAGCUAUGACAUUAAUUCAGAAAAAUCGUCAGAAAGAAAAAUAAAAAUAAUUGUUGGUUCAUAUAUGCAACAAAAUUCUUCCCUCAUGCUCCAUGCUUUGACUCCUGGGCACUAUGGAAUAACAGCCAUUAAUCAAGAAGAAUAUAAGGUAGCUCAAGAUAGGAAAAACAAUAAUAAUACUAAUAAAUUUAUUAGUGAAGAAUACUAUGAAAGUGUUAAAGAAGAUGAAAAGACAAAAUCAAAUAAAAAACACUAUGUAGCAUUUAGUGGAUUAAGACAUCCUUCCCAGCCAGGUUCAUCUAAUGAAUACAAAAUUCCAUCAUUUGAAAAACCCAAGGACCCUAUAAAACAAGAACUUAAAUGUCCAGAGAUUGAAAAUGAACCUACAAAAGAUGUAUCAAUGAAUGUGGUUGAACCAGGUCCGUCUGAAGGUGGAGGCAUGUUUCAAAUUGUGUCAUUAAGUGAAGAGUAUGACUCUAUCAAAAACAAAUCACAAAUGCUUCAUCAACAGUUUGUUCAAAGGGUAUCUCCUCAGCAAGAAGAUCAAAAUUCACCUUUGGUUCAACCCAACAGUAUGCCCAUUGAUAAAAAUGAUGGGGACAUCGUUAUUUACAUCCGACAGCCUCGAACUAAACAAGAACACCUCUCACCGAAAAUAACUGUUGAUAUUAGUGACAACCAUCAGAUGACAGCUGAAGAGUUAAAUGCUCAGAAGGUACAGGUGCAUGAAAUAAAAAAUAGAAAUAAAAAACAGAAAGUAUUAAUACAAUCUAUUAAUCCAAGAAAAUCUAAAAGUGCUGAUGUUUACCGUGCCCCACUUACUGAUUCUUCAGAGGAAGAUGUAAUCACUUCAUCUUCAGAUAGUAAUGAGAAAGUUCUGGAUACCACGCAUUACAAUUUAACUCUAAAGAGUACGACUAAAGUGAACUUAGAAGAAGGUCAGAAUGCUCUAGUGAAGUCCAGGGCUGAGGUAAAGAUCAAACCUUUGAACAAACAGGAAGCUCCAUCUAAGACUUUACUUGAUCAAGAAUUUGCUCAAGAACCAAAAACCAUGGUGGAUGAGUGCUGCUCUGCGUUUAAAAUAACUGAACUGCAUGACUCCAGUUCAACUACCACUUCAUGCUUGAUUGACACAUCGGACUCUAAUGUAGGUGGUGCCAGUGGUAUGAAUUUUUCCCCAAUUAAAAUCAAUAAACAAUCCACAAUCGUUCAAAAAUAUCCAAAUCUUCAGUUUCAUAAUCAAUGGAAUGCUGUAGGCGAUGCACUCUUGGAAAACAAUGGGAAAACAUUGCGAGUAACAUUUCUGAAGAACACAUCACUGCCUUAUCUGCAAGGGGGGCCCCUACUGGGAGACUAUAUCUUUCAUGAGGUUCAUUUCCACUGGGGUAUGAAGGACUGUUGCGGUACUGAACAUGUAAUUGAUGGCCAAAGAUAUGCGGUUGAAGCUCAUUUCUUGUAUUUCAAAAAAGAUUAUGAAAACCUGAAGACAGCUAUGCAAUAUGCAGAUGGCAUCGCUGUUGUGGCUAUAAUUUUGACUGUCGGAGGGCCAGUGAACCCCCACUUUGCUGAGCUAGUGAAGGACAUGCCACUGCUGAGAGAGGCUAAUAGUGGCACAUAUGUGUCUGCCGAGUCCAUCUUCUCUUGGAUUAGACCCACCAUCGACUCUGCCAAAGGCUACUACUGCUACAAAGGCUCCUUGACAAACUCCCCUCAGUAUAUUGACAAUGCCAUCUGGAUGGUGUUUCCUGAACCAGUCCUUUUCUGUUGUCAACAGUCAAGUGAAUUCAGAAAGCUAAAAUCUACUAAGGGUGAUUUACUGAGGAAGAACUACAGACCACCUAAGCCUUUGAAUAACAGAACUGUAUACUAUGUGCCUACAGAUAGAUGUGCUGAUUAAAUUUUAUUUGAGUAUAA